UGUUUGUGUAAUGUUCGUGCUGCUGUGCUGAAAAUCAGACAGACAGACAGCGACAGGGGAGGCCAUUAUUUUCGAGUGUGGCAGCGAGCGAGUUGCCUUAUUGUUGGAAAAUUUUCCGCAGUUCUUCGGGUGAUUCUUGGACGCUAAAGUGCGCUGGCAGGUUCUUGAACUGGGGUUGGUGACGACGCGCGACUUCCGGAUCGGUUCGCGACGACGGGAUUACGCGAAAAAGUGGCCACUUUUGUGGUGAAGAAAAAGAAGGUGUCGACGUCUGUUCGUUGUUGUUGUUGGUUGACCCUCUUUUUGGCCACAAAACCUCUGAAGAGCUGUUGGUCUGUUGUGUGUUGAUUUUGGGGCCAUUACCGUUCAGAUGUUGGAAAAAUCAUCGAUGAUUGCUUGUGCAAGUGGUUGAUGGUUGUGCCAGUGGCCAGUGUUGAAGCUGGUUUUCAUCCGGAAGGGCAUAGCUCCCGCUCCUCACGAAAAGUGGAGCACUCCCCAAAUUGCGGUGGGGGGAGUUUAGUGCAUCAUAAUGGCGUUUUAGAGAGGCCAAAAGGAGAGGAAAAUAAUUUUGUGCACACCUAACGGAACGAAGCAGUGCCGUAAAUCGUUCAUAAAUUUACGCAAUUACAAGUGGGGGAUUGCCUUUAUUAAUUCCAAGUUCACCUCGUUUCCCCCGAAAGGGUCAGGAAAAAUCAGUGUCUGUCGGGGAGCGGAAGCCUCACAAACGCAACCACUCCUCGUUUGACCUGCCCGGUUGUUCGCACACACACACUCACUCUCUAGAAUUGUUCCGAUGUGUCAGUGGUCCGGAUUCCGGAGCAGGAACAGCAAAGCUGGAACCGUCUGAUAUUGGCCUGUGGGAAAUGUCCUCCAGCUCGACUGGCCAUCACGCGCUCCAGUCGAACGCGACGACGACGACGGCCAACGCAGGUCCCAACAAUAGCAGCAACAGCAGCGCUAGCACCCGUUCGAUGCUGUCCGUCAAUCUGGAGGCGGCCGCGAUGGCCAACGAUCCGCUGCGGGAUCUGUUCGAGGCGUGCAAAACCGGCGACCUGGUCAAGGUGAAAAAGUUGAUCACGUCGCAAACCGUGAACGCACGGGACACGGCCGGCCGGAAGUCCACCCCGUUGCACUUUGCAGCUGGUUACGGCCGGCGCGAUGUGGUCGAGUUCCUGCUGGCGAACGGUGCCUCAAUUCAGGCCCGCGACGACGGCGGUCUGCAUCCGUUGCACAAUGCGUGCUCGUUUGGCCACGCGGACGUCGUGCGUUUGCUGCUGGAGGCCGGGGCCAAUCCGAACACGCGCGACAACUGGAACUAUACGCCGUUGCACGAGGCCGCCAGCAAGGGCAAGGUGGACGUUUGUAUUGCACUGUUGCAGCACGGAGCGGAUCCUAACAUACGCAACUCGGAGAACAAGAUUCCGCUGGAUUUGGCGGACACGUGCACGAGGCCGGUGCUGACGGGGGAAUACCGGAAGGAUGAACUGCUGGAGGCAGCGCGAUCGGGGUCGGAGGAGCGGCUGUUGGAGCUGUUGACUCCGUUGAACGUGAACUGCCACGCGAGUGAUGGACGGAAGUCUACUCCGUUGCACCUGGCGGCCGGGUACAACCGGAUCCGAGUGGUGCAGAUCUUGCUCCAGCACGGAGCGGACGUGCACGCCAAGGACAAGGGUGGCCUGGUGCCGCUGCACAAUGCCUGUUCCUAUGGUCACUUCGAGGUGACCGAACUGCUCAUCAAGCACGGUGGCAACGUCAACGCCAACGACCUGUGGGCGUUUACGCCGCUGCACGAGGCCGCGUCCAAGUCGCGGGUCGAGGUGUGCAGUCUGCUGCUGGCCGAGGGCGCCGAUCCCACGCUACUCAACUGCCAUAACAAGUCGGCCAUCGAUUCGGCGCCGACGCGGGAGCUGCAGGAGAAGAUCACUUAUGAAUACAAGGGCCACUGCGUGCUGGACGCGUGCCGUCAGGCGGACAUCCAACGGCUGAAAAAGCACCUCACGGCCGAAACGGUCAACUUUGUGCAUCCGUACAGUGCGGACACGGCGCUGCAUGCCGUGGCCCAGUCCGUCUAUCCGAAACGCAAACAGGUGCUCGAGGUGCUCAUUCGGAAGGGUGCCCUGCUGAACGAGAAGAAUAAAGACUUUCUGACGCCGUUACACAUCUCGGCGGACAACUCGCACUACGAGAUUAUGGACGUGCUGUUGCGUCACGGUGCCAAGGUGGACUCGUUGGACGGACUCGGUCAAACGGCACUGCAUCGGUGCGCACGCGAGGACAACAUCCAGGCCUGUCGACUGCUGCUCUCGUACAACAUUGACACCAGCAUAGUGUCCCUCCAGGGUUACACCGCGGCUCAGCUGGCCACGGAGAACGUACUGAAGAUCCUGCAGGAUCCACCCUCGGACACGGUCGAUCUCGAGUGCCAACUGCUGGAGGCGGCCAAGGCCGGCGAUUUGGACACCGUCCGCCGGAUAAUAAUCUCCAACCCGAUAACGGUCAACUGCCGCGAUCUGGACGGACGACAUUCCACUCCGUUGCAUUUUGCCGCCGGGUACAACCGCGUUCCGGUGGUCGAGUUUCUGCUGGAGCACGGAGCCGAGGUGCACGCCUCGGACAAGGGCGGUCUGGUGCCGCUGCACAAUGCCUGUUCCUACGGUCACUACGAGGUUACGGAGCUGCUGGUGAAGCACGGUGCCAACGUGAACGUGGCCGAUUUGUGGAAGUUUACGCCGCUGCACGAGGCGGCCGCCAAGGGCAAGACCGAAAUCGUAAAGCUGCUGAUCAAGCACGGCGCCGACGUCACGAAGAAGAACCGCGACGGCGCCACGCCGCUGGACCUGGUGCGCGAGGGCGACCAGGACGUGGCCGACCUGCUGCGGGGCAACGCCGCCCUGCUGGACGCCGCCAAGAAGGGCAACCUGGCGCGCGUCCAGCGGCUCGUGUCCGCCGACAACAUCAACUGCCGGGACGCGCAGGGUCGCAACUCGACGCCGCUGCAUUUAGCGGCUGGAUAUAAUAACUUGGAGGUGGCGGAAUACCUGCUGGAGCACGGUGCCGACGUGAACGCACAGGACAAGGGCGGACUGAUCCCGCUGCACAACGCUUCGUCGUACGGCCAUCUGGACAUUGCGGCGUUGCUGAUCAAGCACAACACGGUGGUGAACGCCACCGACAAGUGGGGCUACACGCCGUUGCACGAGGCGGCCCAGAAGGGACGGACUCAGCUGUGCUCGUUGCUUCUCGCCCACGGUGCCGACCCCUUCAUGAAGAACCAGGAAGGUCAAACGAGUCUGGAUCUGGCGACCGCCGAGGACGUCAAGUGCUUGCUGCAGGACGCCAUGGUAGCUUCGCAGGCUUCUGCCACGGCCAGUGGCACCACUGCGUCGUUGGGAACCGGUGGUGGCGUGAUGACGACCACUUGCUCUCCAACGACGGAGACCGUCACGUUGCCAACGGGCGCCUCCAUGACGCUGUCGGUUCCAGUUCCGCAGCUCCCGGUACGUAGCUGUCUUAGUCCGGCGCAGGGCGCCGAGUCGAGCGUCGACGGAGUCGUCGUGCACGACGACGACAAGCUGCAGCAGGUGGUCUCGGUCGAGUCGUCCGUGUCCGCCUUCCUCACUAGUCUACAGUUGGAGCAUUUGAUUGAGCUGCUGGAGCGCGAGCAGAUCACGAUGGACAUUUUGGCCGAAAUGGGCCACGAGGACCUGAAGCAGGUGGGCGUGUCGGCGUACGGCUUCCGACACAAGAUCCUCAAGGGGAUCGCGACGUUGCGGGCGACCACAGGUCUGGGACUGACACCGAACCCGGGCACACUGCUGGUUGAUCUGCUUCCCGACGACAAGGAGUUUCUUGCCGUGGAGGAAGAGAUGCAAGCGACGAUACGAGAACACCGCGACAACGGCCACUCUGGCGGUUACUUCACUCGAUACAACAUUGUCAGGGUCCAGAAAGUCCAGAACCGCAAGCUGUGGGAGCGGUACGUGCACCGGCGGAAGGAAAUCUCCGAGGAGAACGGCCACCAGGCCAGCGAACGGAUGCUGUUCCACGGGUCGCCCUUCAUCAACGCGAUCGUGCAGAAGGGCUUCGACGAGCGGCACGCGUACAUUGGCGGCAUGUUUGGCGCCGGCAUUUACUUUGCCGAGCACAGCUCCAAGUCGAACCAGUACGUGUACGGAAUCGGCGGCGGCAUCGGCUGCCCGGCGCACAAAGACAAGUCGUGCUAUCAGUGUCACAGACAACUACUGCUCUGUCGGGUGGCCCUCGGUAAAUCGUUCCUGCAGUUUAGUGCAAUGAAGAUGGCGCACGCCCCGCCCGGACAUCACUCCGUCAUCGGACGGCCCUCGGCCGGGGGGUUGCACUUUCCGGAGUACGUGGUCUAUCGUGGUGAACAGGCCUACCCCGAGUAUCUGAUCACGUACCAGAUCGUCAAGCCGGACGACUGUGCCAGCUCGGAGGAACCAGCGAGAUGAUGGACAAUCUCCGCAGUCACCAACAUCGGUCAGAACAACAACAUUCUUUCGGCAACGGUC